CGCCCCUCCCGCGCGGCGCAAACAUGGCGGCGGCUGGCACCGGCCGGUGAGGCGGUACCGGGAGGGGACUGUCGGGUGUCAUGGGCGGUGGCGGCUGCACCGCCCCCGCGUCUCCCUGAGCGGGACGGCAGGGGGGCCUCCGCGCCGAGCCGGGCGAUGGACGAGAGCGGCGAGCUGGGCGAUCUGGAGACCAUGGAGACGCUCACAGAGCUGGGCGACGAGCUGACCCUGGGGGACAUCGACGAGAUGCUGCAGUUUGUCAGCAAUCAAGUUGGAGAGUUCCCUGACUUGUUCUCCGAGCAGCUGUGUAGCUCCUUCCCCGGCGGCGGCGGCGGCGGCGGCGGCGGCGGCAAUGGCAGCGGCAGUGGCGGGGGCGGAGUGGGGGACCCCUCAAUGUCGCGGUCCUUCAGCCAGGUCCCGCUACCUGCUUUCUCUCCCGCCGCCACCUCCCAGCAGGCUCCCGCCCUGCAGGUCAAGCCUCCCCCCACCACGGUCCCCACCCCGCCGCGGGCCACGCCUGUUCUUCAGCCCCGCCCCCAGCCCCCGGCCCCGCCCCCGGCCCAGCUGCCGCAGCAGACGGUGAUGAUCACCCCCACGUUCAGCACCGCUCCGCAAACGAGGAUCAUCCAGCAGCCUUUGAUAUACCAGAAUGCAGCCACCAGCUUUCAAGUCCUUCAGCCUCAAGUCCAAAGCCUAGUGACAUCCUCCCAGGUGCAGCCAGUCACCAUCCAGCAGCAGGUGCAGACGGUACAGGCCCAAAGGGUGCUGACGCAGACAGCCAACGGCACGCUGCAGACCCUCGCCCCGGCCACGGUACAGACAGUUGCUGCACCCCAGGUGCAACAGGUCCCGGUCCUGGUACAGCCUCAGAUCAUCAAGACAGAUUCCCUUGUUUUGACCACCUUAAAGACAGAUGGCAGCCCUGUCAUGGCCGCAGUCCAGAACCCAGCCCUCACCGCCCUCACCACCCCCAUCCAGACAGCUGCCCUUCAAGUACCAACUCUUGUGGGCAGCAAUGGGACUAUUUUGACCACAAUGCCUGUGAUGAUGGGGCAAGAGAAAGUGCCCAUCAAGCAGGUGCCUGGGGGAGUCAAGCAGCUGGAGCCCCCCAAAGAAGGAGAGAGGCGGACGACACACAACAUCAUUGAGAAGCGGUAUCGCUCCUCUAUUAAUGACAAAAUCAUUGAGUUGAAGGACCUGGUCAUGGGGACAGAUGCCAAGAUGCACAAGUCUGGUGUUCUGAGGAAGGCCAUUGACUACAUCAAGUACUUGCAGCAAGUCAAUCAUAAACUACGCCAAGAGAACAUGGUGCUGAAGCUGGCAAAUCAGAAAAACAAGCUCCUGAAGGGCAUCGACCUAGGCAGCCUGGUGGACAAUGAUGUGGAGCUAAAGAUUGAAGACUUCAAUCAGAAUAUCCUUCUGAUGUCCCCUCCGGCCUCUGACUCAGGGUCCCAGGCUGGUUUCUCCCCCUACUCCAUCGACUCCGAGCCAGGAAGCCCUCUGUUGGAUGAUGCAAAGGUCAAAGAUGAGCCAGACUCUCCUCCUGUGGCUCUGGGCAUGGUGGACCGCUCUCGGAUUCUGCUCUGUGUGCUCACCUUCCUCUGCCUCUCCUUUAACCCCCUGACUGCCCUGUUGCAGUGGGGAGGGGCCCACAGCUCUGACCAGCACCCAUAUUCCGGCUCUGGCCGCAGCAUCCUGUCACUUGAGUCAGGUUCUGGGGGCUGGUUUGAUUGGAUGAUGCCAACGCUUCUCUUAUGGCUGGUAAAUGGUGUGAUUGUCCUGAGCGUCUUUGUGAAGCUGCUGGUCCAUGGAGAGCCAGUGAUCCGGCCACAUUCACGCUCCUCAGUCACCUUCUGGAGACACCGGAAGCAGGCCGACCUGGACCUCGCCAGGGGGGAUUUUGCAGCUGCUGCAGCCAACCUGCAAACCUGCCUGUCGGUGUUGGGCCGCACACUGCCCACCUCCCGCCUGGACCUGGCCUGCAGCCUCUCCUGGAACGUGAUCCGCUACAGCCUGCAGAAGCUGAGCCUGGUGCGCUGGCUGCUCAAGAAGGUCUUCCAGCACCGGCGGGCUGCCCCGGCCACCGCCGCAGGCUUUGAGGACGAGGCGAAGGCCAGCGCCCGGGACGCGGCCCUGGCUUAUCACAGGCUGCACCAGCUGCACAUCACAGGGAAGCUUCCUGCGGGAUCUGCCUGUUCAGAUGUACACAUGGCUUUGUGCGCCGUGAACCUGGCAGAAUGUGCAGAGGAGAAAAUCCCACCGAGCACGUUGGUUGAGAUCCAUCUGACUGCCGCCAUGGGGCUCAAGACCCGGUGUGGAGGCAAGCUUGGCUUCCUGGCGAGCUACUUCCUCAGUAGAGCCCAGAGCCUGUGUGGCCCAGAGCGCAGCGCCGUCCCUGACUCACUGCGCUGGCUGUGCCACCCCCUGGGCCAGAAGUUUUUCAUGGAGCGGAGCUGGUCAGUGAAGUCGGCUGCCAAGGAGAGUCUGUACUGUGCUCAGAGGAACCCAGCUGACCCCAUCGCACAGGUCCACCAGGCCUUCUGCAAGAACCUGCUGGAGCGAGCAGUUGAAUCACUGGUGAAGCCUCAGGCCAAGAAGAAGGCUGGAGACCAGGAAGAAGAGAGCUGCGAAUUCUCUAAUGCUCUGGAGUACCUGAAAUUACUGAAUUCUUUUGUGGACUCUGUGGGGAUUGUGACCCCGCCCUUCUCCAGCAGCUCCGUGCUCAAGUCGGCCCUUGGUCCAGAUGUCAUCUGUCGGUGGUGGACAUCCGCCAUCACUGUGGCCAUCAGCUGGCUCCAGGGAGACGACGCAGCUGUACGCACUCAUUUUACCGAAGUAGAGCGUGUCCCCAAAGCCCUGGAAGUAACAGAGAGCCCCCUGGUGAAGGCCGUCUUCCACACCUGCAGAGCCAUGCACACCUCACUCUUGGGGAAGGCGGAUGGGCAGCAGAGUUCCUUCUGCCACUGUGAGAGGGCCAGCGGCCACCUGUGGAGCAGCCUCAACGUUAGCGGGGCCACCUGCGACCUCACCCUCAACCACGUGGUCCAGCUCCUGACCUGUGACCUGCUACUGUCACUGAGGACAGCACUUUGGCAAAAGCAGGCAGGCGCCAGCCAGGCUCUGGGCGAGACGUACCACGCAUCAGGUGCUGAACUGGCUGGCUUCCAGCGGGACCUGGGCAGCCUACGCAGGCUGGCUCACGGCUUCCGCCCAGCAUACCGCAAGGUGUUCCUGCAUGAAGCCACUGUGCGCCUGAUGGCAGGAGCCAGCCCCACCCGCACCCACCAGCUACUGGAGCAUAGUCUGCGCCGGCGGACUGCUCAGAGCACCAAGCACGGAGAGGUAGACGCCUGGCCCGGACAGCGAGAGCGGGCCACCGCCAUCCUGCUGGCCUGCCGCCACCUUCCCCUGUCCUUCCUGUCCUCCCCCGGCCAGCGGGCGGUGCUGCUGGCUGAGGCGGCCCGCACCCUGGAGAAGGCGGGUGACCGACGCUCCUGCAACGACUGCCAGCAGAUGAUUGUCAAGUUGGGGGGCGGCACGGCCAUCGCCGCCUCCUGACCCCCGGGCGCUGUCCCCUCAGCGCCCCGCCUCCCUCUCCCUCCUCCCUCUGAGUCUCUCCCUCCUUCCUGUCCAGCGGUCUCUCUCCCUGCUUGCUCUGGGAGGGGUGGGCUGAGCCUUGUCUUCGGAGCUGUCACCUGCCGAGGCCCUUGGACCACCGGAGCCUGGCAGGCCCCUGGGCAGAGCCCCAAACGCUGCUGCGGGAAGGUGCCCGUGGUCCAGGGCCCCAUGGGUCUGGGAGAGGAGAGCCAGGGUGGGGGCAGGAGCUGAGUUCCCUGAUGGGAGAGCAGCCGGGCUCCCAAGCUGCUUGGCCCCCUGCCCCCAGCCCGCCACCCUCCCCAGCUUCUCUCUCUCUGAACACCUCCUCUCCUGCUUCCUUGUUUUUUAUCAGGCUUUCCCUGUGGGGGACGGAGGCCCCUGGGCACCAGAGUGCUUCACCCAUGGCUCAGUGCCCCCUCGCCCCUUCCCCCUUUUUAUACAGAUGUUUUUAUAUCCGUGUGCUUGGGUUUGCCGUGAUGCAGGGCUGAGCUGCUGUGGCAUCUUUAUUUCUCUCCUUGGGUCUGUGUCCCCUCCCCUGUGCCUGACAAAGCCAGUUCAUUGUUUUCUCCUCAUUACACAGGACAGCGGGGGAAGGAGGGGAACCCAGCCCUGGGGAGGCAAGUGAGCGGCGGGAGGGGGCAGGCCUGGGCUUGGAUGAAAUAAUGUUGGCAUUAUUUUUUAAUUUUUUUAAAAAAUAAAUGGUAUCGUAUUUAAUUGUCCUGUUCCUUCCCACUGCCCGCCCCCUGGGAUGGCAGCCCAAGCUCAGGGUAGGCCCCGGGGGGCUGGGAGAGACGGAGCCACCCAUCAGGACUGAAGACCAGAGGCCCUCCCACCCCAAUUCCUACCUCCACGGCCGAUUUUUAUCCCUAAUUCAUGACCUGAAAAUAAGCGGGGGUGGCCGGGACCAACCCCCAGUCCCUCCCCAGGGACAGGCCCCUCCGCGAGGUGAACGCUAGUGAUGAGGCUCUCUACCUUCCUAGGGGUCAUGGGAGGAAGAGUGCGUCCCCUUUUCUGGAUCCCUGGCUUGGUGCCUCCCCCGAGGCUCUUUCUACCAGGACCCAAGGACUGCCUGAGACCCCAGAGCCUGCUGGGAGGCCGAGAGGGGCCGCCUGUGCGCCUCCGCCUCAGGCUGGGUGGGGUAGAGAGUGGGCAGGGCCUCAACCCCCCCACCCCCCGCAUGGACUGGGGGUUGCACAUGGCAGGGGCUGCCCUGACGCCAAGUGCGGGCUGAGGUGGCUCAGCUUGUACCAAACCCGUCUUUCCCUGCUGCCCGUCCCCCCACACACUGUAAUUUGUGGCCUGUGCCCGCCGGGUGAGCCAGCCCUUGUGUCAUGUGUAUAUACCGUGCCUUUUCUCAUUAGUGUUUAGGGGCGGGAGGGGGUGGUUUUUCACUGACGGGGAUACACCUAUGGCUUCCUUGAUAUGGAAUCAUUCACUGUGUCCUGGAUGUAGGUGAUUCAAUAAACACAGAUUGGUACCACCCAG